AUGAAUCGACGUCGGUCUGAACGUGUAGCAACUUCUGGGUAUCCUCUAAUUAUUUCUCUUGUUGAUUUCAUAAACGAGGGUACUGGUGGUGGUGAUGAGGAUGUUGUUGAUAAUUUUAAUGACGUUACUUUGGACUUCAAUUCCCGUCCUCUGUGUACAUAUGAAUGGCCUGCUGUUUUUAUUUGUAAUGCUAAAAUUGACUAA